UAGACGCUCUCCUUCUCUCGAAACCCUGGAAAUCUCUCUCUCUCUCUAAACCUCGAAAUCUCCGACCUCUCUCCUCUCAGAGCUCUACCAUGGAAGCUCUCGUCUGCAAAACCCUAGGCGAUCCGACCGGCCCUCUCUCCUCAAACUCCCCAAUCUUCAUCUCCACUUCCCAUCCCAUCCCUCCCUUGAACUCUUCCACAGCUGUCAGGGUUCGGAUCAAAGCAACGAGCCUCAACUACGCCAAUUUCCUACAGAUCCUAGGAAAAUAUCAGGAAAAGCCACCGCUCCCUUUCAUUCCCGGCUCCGACUACUCUGGUGUCGUCGAAUCCGUCGGAGAUGGCGUCUCUAGGUUCAAGGUCGGCGAUCGGGUCUGCUCGUUCGCUCCUCUCGGAACUUUCGCGGGGAUGAUCGUCGCUGACGAGAAGGAACUGUAAGAGGUCGUUUGGAUGCCCUAAAUCGGGGUAGUUUAGAUGAUUGUAAGUUGGGUAAGUGGUGACUUACAGGUGGUGUUUGGGUGAGGAAAUUCACCUGUAAUAAGUCACUUUCAAGCUGUCAUUUACAGGCAAAACUACCAGGAAACCUCAUGGGACUGGGAUGAGAAGUCACUUUUGCAAGUGACUUACAGGCCCAACGUUCUGAUUUUUGAAAAGGGGGACAGCAUCUGUAACCACCAUUACAGCACCUGCAAUCAUCUUUCUCUCUCUACAAUCAGCUGGGUGGUAGCGUUAUGAAAUGUUUUUUUUUUUGUUC